ACAUCCUGGUAAUUAUUAUAACUGUUGACUUGUUUAUUUUUUGUUAAUGGUUACAAAUUUGCAAGUAGUCCCACACAAAAAAAAACAAGGACCAAAACAGUUGGUACGAAAUAACUUUUAGUUAUGGUACAAAAUGACUUUUUGCAAUGGUACGAAACAACCUAAUUAGGUAAAAACAACUAAAUUAGGUACGAAACAACCAAUUAAUUUGAUUAGGUACGAACUGACUAUGACUUCCAUUGGUCGAUAACAUCUGUUCACAUUUCGUCAAUACCACAUUCAUUGUUUGUGUGUUCAUAUACAAAUCUUCUGCCGAUUAAACGGUUUUCUCAACGGUUAAAUGAACGAAAAUGCUCGGUUUUAUUUCUAACGUCAUUCACCGAACGUCAGGGAAUAAACUUGUGGCAAAAGUGACUCCUCUGGGGCGUAAACAUGAAGUGGAGAAUAAGGUCAGAUGAACGACAAACAUUCAGACGACGUUUUAGAAUGUUGUGGGGGUUAAUUGUCGUCAUUACAUGCUGUAAUUUCGCCAUAAUGAAUUACUUCAUUUAUGACUUUCGCCACAAGCAGACGAACACCGUGUCUUCACCGGAGAAAUUGAGGGCGCUUCUUAAUUCUGACGUCACUGUUCAUCACGGACCGAUUCCCUAUCAUUUCCGGUACGAUAUUAAUCAGAUUCCAACAUGUAACAAUUCCAUCGAACUUCUAAUUUUUGUAUUUAGCUCCCCUUACAAUGAACGGUUUAGAAAUGCUAUAAGGACAAGUUGGGCAUCAAAGUCUUACUCUGUCGAAUUCAAUGCCAAAGUUUUGUUUUUGUUUGGGAUGGACCCACACGAAGGAAACAACAGUGUGGUGGAGUCUGAAAACGAGCGACAUCACGAUGUGGUUCGAGCAAACUUCGUGGACAGUUACGAAAACCUGACGCUGAAGAGUUUAGCCAUGUUGAACUGGGUGUUGACGUACUGUCCCAGCACCAAGUAUCUGUUAAAGUCUGACGAUGAUGUGUAUGUUAACAUCCCUGUUCUUCUUACCAAGCUUGGGAAAUUCGAAUCUUCAGAACAAAAGUUCCUGAUAGGACGAAUACAGCCGGUGAUACCGGUACCUCGAGAAGACGACAUUCCAAAGCCAAAAGCAAAAUGGAUUAUGUCGAGAAAGGAAUAUAGUGAAGAUCUAUAUCCCGCGUAUCUGAUUGGUAGCGCAUAUGCAAUGACUCGCGCAUCAGUACCAGACUUGUAUGCGGCCAGCAUGGAAGUACACUAUAUCAAAAUGGAAGAUGUUUUUCUCACUGGUCUGUGUGCUAACAAGGCGGGUAUUCGACGUAUACACAUGGACUGUUUGGAAACAAUAAGGUCAUGUAAACUAAGAUCCCAAGCUUUCAGCAAAGACAGCCUGUCACCUCGGUUAAUUAAAAUAUUGCAUUUCCGUAUCCAGUACGUUCCGGACCACUGCAAAAAGGCUUAAUACUAGUAGUCAGAAUAUGAAUUCGUGCCUGCCGUCGUAUCAGUUACCUCCCCUGGUGAAAAACACGUCUGGUGCAAUCGUGCAAGCCAUUUGUGUAUUGUGUAUUGGUUUCUUUAGCGAAUGUUUGACACUGCGUCCACAAACAAAAAAUCAGUUUCGUCUCCAUGAUAAUCUGUCCUACGAAUGUACUCUUAUUUUUAAAAACAAAAAUGUAUGUAUUAAGAGUAAAAUUGCAGGAACAGUUGACGUUUGAUAAUUGCUUGUACGUGUAUGCAUUAUAUUACAUUCAAAUUCUGUAUCUGUUCAGUCUGGAUAAUCUGUUAAUCAUCUACUGACAAUUAUUCAUAAGAAAAGAAUUAAAACUCGGGGGGGGGGGGGGGGGGACCCGAAAAGAUUGCUAGACAUCAGAAUUGUUAUGUUCGUUUUCCUAAAAUGUCUGUUUAUAUUGGUUCUCGAGAAUUUCAUUUUGUAAUUUGUCUUAAAAUAUUUAAAAUAUUUUUACAAAUUAUUUAUAAGUACAUGUUUUGUUGAACAACAUACAUAUUUUGAUAAAACACCACUUUUGAUUGCAUUUUAAAAUGUUUUUAUUUAUUUUUCUUCGUUUUCUUUUCUUUCUUCUUUUCUGUUUUAAUAGGGGGGGGGGUUUAAGUGUUUAAAGGUAUGAUCCUGUUACAACUUUCUGUUAAAAAAUUCUAAAACUUCGUUUCUUCCAUGAAAUAGUAAAAACAGAUUAUAUUUGAUCAGUGAAAUUAACAUAUUUCUGAGCAUAUAAUCGCCAACAAACUCGUUAGAUACGCUAUAACUCAAAAUGUUCUACUUUCAACUGGAGACAACAAACGUUUACGUUCAUAAUCUUUUGAACGGUUUUGAAUUGUCACACAACUUUGAUGAUUCAAUAGUGUGUGUUUCUGAAACAUAUUUUGAAAAGAGCAGUAUCAUUAAAAUUGUGGUGCACGGCAAACGGUUAUGUCAAGACACUGCCAUGGA